GUGUUACACACGUGGGGAGUUUUAAAACAUCGCCUCCUCGCUUAAGAUAUUGUGUUGUCAGUCUUGGGUCUGAAGCAAACGAAGGAAGAUGAGUGAAGACGUGGAGCGGCUCCUGAUUCAGUUCCAGGACGAGCAGGGGGAAGUUCUGGGUUCACCUUUUGAUGUGCCUCUUGACAUCACCCCAGAAAAACUUCAGCUGGUCUGCAAUGCACUGCUGCAGAAGGAGGAACCAGUGCCACUGGCGUUUUUUGUGCGUGGAGAGGCAGAGGUGGUGUCCUGUCUGGGAACUUGUGUGAAGGCUCUUGGGGUUGAAACAGAGCAAGUCCUGCCAGUGGUGUACCAGCCACAGGCCGUGUUCAGGGUCCGGGCUGUGGCUCGCUGUACCAGCACAUUACAGGGACACACAGAAGCUGUCAUCUCAACUUCAUUCAGUCCUACCGGCAAAUAUUUAGCCAGUGGUUCAGGUGAUACCACAGUACGUUUUUGGGACCUGGCGACUGAGACGCCUCACCACACUGCCAGAGGACACACACAUUGGGUACUGAGCAUCGCCUGGUCACCUGAUGGCAAGAAGCUGGCUUCGGGAUGCAAAAACAGUCAGAUCUGUCUGUGGGAUCCAGUGACAGGCACACAGAUAGGGAAGACUUUGACAGGACACACUAAGUGGAUCACUUGGCUCUGCUGGGAACCUCUGCAUCUCAACGCAGGGUGUCGGCACUUAGCCAGCAGCUCAAAAGAUGGCUCAAUACGAAUUUGGGACACCGUGUUGGGACGUUGUGAGAAGAUCCUGACUGGACACACUCAUUCUGUCACCUGUGUGAAGUGGGGAGGAGAUGGACUUCUCUAUACUUCUUCUCAGGACAGGACAGUCAAAGUUUGGAGAGCCAAAGAUGGUGUCCAAUGCAGGACUCUGCAGGGUCACGCCCACUGGGUGAACACCCUGGCUCUCAGCACAGACUACGUCCUGCGUACUGGAGCUUUUGAACCUGCAACUGCCACCGUCAACCCCCAGGACCUCACUGGAUCAUUGGAAGAGCUGAAGGAGAAAGCUUUGCAGAGAUAUAAUACAGUUAGGGGUUCAGCCCCGGAGCGCCUGGUGUCUGGCUCAGAUGACUUCACCUUGUUCUUAUGGAAACCUGCAGAAGACAAGAAGCCUUUGGCAAGGAUGACAGGCCACAGCGCCCUGGUCAAUGAAGUGCUCUUCUCCCCAGACACCAGGCUCCUCGCCUCUGCCUCAUUCGACAAGUCCAUUAAAAUCUGGGAUGGACGCACUGGAAAGUACUUAAUGUCCCUACGUGGCCAUGUGGCAUCUGUGUAUCAAGUGGCAUGGUCAGCAGACAGCCGGCUGCUCGUCAGUGGCAGCAGUGACAGCACACUGAAAGUCUGGGACAUCAAGACUGGAAAGCUUAAUAUGGAUCUACCUGGCCAUGCUGAUGAGGUUUAUGCAGUGGACUGGAGUCCUGAUGGACAAAGAGUAGCUAGUGGUGGGAAAGACAAAUGUCUUAGAAUAUGGAGACGAUAGUCACACCUUUUGUUGCUGCUCCUUACUUUGGAUGUCACAUGUACCGUCCCGCCCAUUCCUCUACUGUCAAGCAGCCCGAUGACUGGAGUAGGAUGACUAGAAUCUACGUAAUGCCACAUUUGGCUCUAUCACACUGUCUGUCAACAAUGGCAUUGUGUUAAGGAACUCUAAUAUCAUCAUGAUGCAGAUGACCUGUGCGGGUUUGAAACCCACGUGGGAAUUUUACAAAUAUAACACUGUAAAGGUGUUUAGCUGAAUGGGAAUUGGCAGUUUAUAAUCAUCAGGAUAUUAAACUGUUAAAUAUAAUUCAGUAUUGGCAACUCAAAUUCAAACACUGAAAGAGUUGCUGUUAAUGUAGGCAUUGAUUUGCCCACUUCAGAUGUUCUGACAUGCUUCUGAAAUCAUAUUAAAGCUUUCUUAUAGUUCCACGCCCAUUUGCAGGGACCACAAACAGAUUUUGCUUUGCGGCAUGAAGGCUUUCUUUCUCACCUUGUACCAGUCGCGCAGCGCAUUCAUCACAUAGAACCGGAUUGCCUACAAACAAGGUUAUGUACUUUUAAAUGUAUACAUAGCCACAUUUAGAUUUUAAAGAGAUGAAGGGAGAUGAAUGCAUUCAAGUGUUGAGAGUAAAACAGGAUCUAAUUAGCACAUCAGGAAACCAAAUGUUUUUCUCAACAGCAUGUGUGUCCCUCUACUUUUCCUUAAGCCUUACUACAUCAUGAACUAUACAUGUUGACAGGUGGAGCGGUGAGACGACAGGUGGGAGAGCUAAUAACCUUCCUCUGUGAUGUUAAUGCUGAUGGCGCUCGCCCUGCUCCUUUAGCCUUUAAUCUCCUCUUUCCUGCCGUCAGCAAAGCCUCAACCUGCUGAUUUUUCUGGCGCUGUGGUGAAGCCAAGUAUCACCAACUUUCUGAUUCUCAUCCCACUGUGGGAAAAAUCAAGUGCACAACUCCAGUUAUAAUAACCUGUUUUAAAUUCGGUUUUCUUUCAGAUCUGUGAAUAUUUAAAAUGAAUAAAUAUUUACUAUAUUACAUCA